GGGUAUAGUGAAGCUACUACUCGCGACUGAAAGCGUCGAUGCCAAUUUUAGAGAUAACUACGGCCGGACGCCGCUAUCAUGGGCUGUUGAGAGAGGGUAUGAGGGUGUUGUGACACUACUCCUGGCGGCCGAAGGUAUCGGCGUCAACUCAAAGGAUAACUCCGGCCGGACGCCGCUAUUAUGGGCUGUUGAGAUGAGGCAUGAGGGUAUUGUGACACUACUGUUAGCGGCCGUGGGCGUCGACGUCAAUUCGAAGGAUGACGGCGGCCGGACGCCGCUAUUAUGGGCUGUUGAGAGAGGGUAUGAGGGUGUUGUGACACUACUCCUGGCGGCCGAAGGCAUCGACGUCAACUCAAAGGAUAACUCCGGCCGGACGCCGCUAUUAUGCACUACUUUAAAUCAGCGUGGGGGUAUGGUGAAGUUGCUACUGGCGGUUGGAGGCGUCGACGUCAAUUCGAAGGACAACUCCGACCGGACGCCACUAUUAUGGGCUGCUAUGCUGGGGUAUAAGGGUAUUGUGACACUACUGUUGGCGGCCGAAGGUAUCGACGUCAACUCAAAGGAUAACUCCGGCCGGACGCCGCUAUUAUGGGCUGUUGAGAGAGGGUAUGAGGGUGUUGUGACACUACUCCUGGCGGCCGAAGGCAUCGACGUCAACUCAGAGGAUAACUCUGGCCAGACGCCGCUAUCAUGGGCAGUAGAGAACGAACGUGCUGGGAAAGACGACAAGGACACCCAAGAAGGACCAAUUGGAGAGAUCAGCUAGAAUGCAGUAAUAAGAUUGAAUAACCCUUGCAUCGUAUGGUGGCUAACGCAGCACAUCGCAGAACCUGGGACUAAGACGGGCAAUGAAGCCAAGAUUAAUUGAGGAGAUGUCCAUCAAUA